AUGAGUUUGGAGAUGCCCAAACUCAAACCCACAACGUUGGUUAACGAACCGGAGCAGCCCGAGUACAUUCCUCAUCUCAACCUCAGUGACGGAAAUGAGCUGCCGAUGCGCGGCCCAAACAGGGACAAGCGGGACGAGAAGCUCAUCAACGACACUCUUACAGCCAUCAGGAACGGCUACUACCUCCUCGAUUGUGCUGAGGAUCCCAACUGUUCAGCCUACGGCAACGAGCCCAAACUCGGCGCCUCUAUCGCCCGCUGCGGCAUCCCCACAUCAAACCUCUUCAUCACCACCGAAAUCUCCUGCCGCCCCGGCGAUUCCGUCGAAACAGUUUUCUCCCGCUCCCUCGCAAAACUUGGACUCGACUACGUCGACCUGUACCCCAUCCACAGCCCCUUCUUGGCCCAACCCGCAGCCGUAAAGCUCGAGGCAGUCCUGCGGACAGCGCGGCACCCGCCCGUCGUGAACCAGAUCGAGUAUUAUCCGUACCUGCAGCACGAGGACAAGAACGGAAGUGGAGGGUUGGUGCAGUUUCACAGGGAGAAAGGGAUUGCGAUCGUGGCGUACGCCUUCCUAACCGGGGUGGUCAGAACGGCGCCCGGCCCCCUGGAUGGGGUGUAUGAGCGGUUGGCGGGUAAUUCGAAUGAGGAGCGGUUGAAGCGGUGGGUUUGGCGGCUGCCGCUGUUUAAAUUAACGUCGGAAGAGGUGGAGGAGAUUGCCAAGCGCGGGAGGGAGAGGCAUUUCAGGGGCUUUUGA